AUUACGGCUAACAAAGACACAUUCGUUCAGUUGACAAGUGUGAUUGAAAAGUUCAGAAAUGUUCCUUCAACUUGUAUUGGUUGUACUGGCCUUGAAUGGCGUGUUAUCACAGAGCCCGGGUUGCGACUUUGCGCAAAAUAUUGCCGUCGGAACUACGGUGGAUAUAAGCAGUCCGGGUUACCCCGGCAACUACAGUCCCGGUAUUCAAUGUAGAUGGAUAGCGACAUGUCCCGUUGGAUACAAUUGUCAAAUAGAUUGCCCCAUAAUCUCCAUACCCCAAAGUUCUUCUUGCAUAGAUCGACUAUUGCUCUCAAGGACGGGUGACCCCCAAUUGAGUGGAGCCGAAGUCUACUGCGGGAGAGGAACUUUAUCUGCAACUUCUGUUGGCCAGAGACUUAGUUUGGGGUUGAUAUCUUCAAACUCAAGUCCCGGCGGAUACUUCAGGUGUCGCGUAUACGCGGUGGCAUCAGCUCCUAGUCCAGCACCUUGCAGAUGCGGGGAAAGAAAACAGACCCGCAUUGUGGGGGGUGAAGAAGCUAAAAUCAAUGAAUUCCGAAUGAUGGUCGGGUUAGUUGAUAUCAGCAUCAGGCAAAUCAAAUGCGGAGGCGCCUUGAUCUCUAAUAGACAUGUACUGACCGCAGCCCAUUGUAUUGCCAACCAAAGAACGGAUAACAUAGGAGUUAUAGUUGGAGAACACGAUGUUUCCAGCGGCACAGAAUCGGCAGCUCAGGGUUACGUAGUACAAAGGUUUAUUAUACAUCCAUUAUUUACUGCUUCCAAUUAUGACUACGACGUGGCGAUAGUGGAAACAACAAAGGAAAUAACAUUCAGCGAUAUAGUGGGACCGGCUUGUCUACCGUUCAAGUUCGUCAAUACCAAUUUCACUGGUUUAAAAGUGACUAUUCUUGGUUGGGGAACGUUAUUCCCGGGAGGUCCAACGUCUAAUGUUCUCCGUAAGGUAGACCUGGACGUCAUUAGCCAGAGCACCUGUAGGAGUUACGAGUCGACACUGACGGACAGACAGAUGUGCACAUUCACUCCUGGGAAGGACGCGUGUCAAGACGACUCCGGUGGCCCUCUGCUUUAUACAGACCCGAGUACCGGAUUGUUCUUCAACCUGGGCAUCGUGAGUUACGGUCGUUUCUGUGCAUCAAACAGUCCGGGCAUCAACAUGAGAGUCACCGCAGUACUGGACUGGAUCGUCGCGUCCACGCAAUAUAACUUCUGCAGGAAAUAAACGAUGGACCAAAGAUUUUGAAAUUAAACAUUUCUCUCUUUA